GACACAACAAUGUCGUCUAUCGUCAACCAUGCCGCCACAAGAUGAGGAAGCCACUCAUUUUUCAUGCACUCAAUGUCGUUCAAUGAAGUUGAAAUGUGACCGCAUCAGGCCUCGUUGCAGCCGCUGUGCCAGAGUCAGCGCCGACUGCGAAUAUCCCCAAUCAAGAAGGGCCAAUGUUGGUAGGAGGCGACGAGUACGUGAGCUGGAAGCCAAAUUAGUCGAGCUCGAGCGUUUGGCCAAGCUUGUCGACAAAUCUCCGGGAAAUGGUGAGGCUACGAAUCAGGACACGGCCACCCAGAACACAGAUUCCAUGCAUGGAAGCUCUGAAAUCCUGUCUGAUCUGCCGGGGCCUGCUUCAGAUGCAAAUGUCUUUCCAGUUGAUGCUCCAUCGGCUGAGUUGGCUUCGACUGGGACAUAUGAACAGCGGCCUUCUCUGGAGAUGGUCGAACAUCUCACCAACUCUUACUUCGACAAGUGGCACUACACGGCGCCCAUGCUCCAGCGGACCCGUUACAGUAUGUCAUUGUCCUUACCAACCCACAUGCGCCCCCCAAUGUGCCUCCAGUACAUUGUGAUGGCGUGGGGAGCCGAAAUCGGAAACACCCAUCGACACUUAGCAAUGCCAUUUUAUAACCGAGCCAGAGAAUAUGCGCAAGGCGAUGAGAUGAAAGCUAGUCUAACAUUGGCACACGCACAAACCUGGUGUUUGAUGUGCUACUUCGAAGCCCAGUACUUGCUUUUCUCACGGUCCUCGAUGAGCAUUUGCAGGGCCAUCAGAAUCGCACAGAUGCUCGGUCUCCACCAGGUUGAUGGAGACGGUCUGGAUCACACAUCCCUGAUACCGCCGCCUCAAUCCUGGCUAGAAGCAGAAGAGAGGCGCAGGACCUGGUGGGCUCUUUACUGCUCUGAUAGAAUAGUAGGCGGUACCGCAGGCUGGCCAGUCUUGAUCGACGAGGCAGAUAUAUCUGUGCGGCUCCCUGCAUCUGAGGCAGCUUUCGAGAAUGGCGCCGAAGAGAUGACGAGCCCCUUAACAACCAUGCGGCAACAGGAAGGGCAAAUGUUUUCCUCUUUUGCCGGACGCGUAUUGGCCGCAUCGUUGUUCCACCAAGCUUUCCAGCACUCGACUCUGACGUUGUCGGAUGAUAGCUCUCAGGACCCCCGGACAAGAAUGCAUUGGAAGCGUCAUCGAGAAAUCGACGACGACCUGGUCAUUCUAUUGCAAGCCUUGCCCGACGGCCUGAGACUACCAAGACAGAUAAGAUGUCGAAACGCGAUUUUCGUCAACAUCAUCAUUCACAUGUCAGUCAUCUGCUUGCAUCGGGCAGCAAUCUCCAAGAUCAAGGCCUUCGGUUUACCUGAAAGUACGAUUCGCAGCAGCAGAGCUCGACUAGUCUGCUCAGCGGAAGAGAUACUAAUCAUCUUCCGAAUGAUGUCAGACAUCAAUGAGAACCUCAAAAAUUCGAUUCUGACGUUUGCCGUCUACCUCGCAGCUCAGGUCUUUCUUGAAGAUUUGGAGCCCACAGAGAAGGAUGAUUCGCAACAAGAUAACCUCGACUUCAUUCUUCGCAUCAUGAUCCUAUCUUUCAAGACAUUGCACAAUCCCGUUUCUGGGUCGAUGGCUGUGCAGGUUGCGCUGGAAAUGCGGCAGCGAGGGCUUGACUCCCCAGCAGUCGAGAAGGCAACCGAGCUACUACUCAGUCACCGAUUGACACCAGUUUUUACCAAAGGAGGUACUCAGUCGUCAGGUCCUGUAUUUCGAUUACCCAGCAACAGCGAGGCAUAAGAUAAAAUCUUUUUGUCGACUUGGAUAAAGUCAAAAACAUAGCGAAACGCAUUUGGAAAGCCGAGAGUGAUUGUGAGGAUAUCCCAACUGAGGUGCUCAAUUGGUGAACUGCAAUGGCCAUGACCGUAGGGUAGCCAGGAGGACCGCGACCCACCCCCUGGGUGUUCACGAAGGCUAACAACCAUCACAAGGAAUGCAGGAAUUUUGUUGCUCAGCAUUCAUUUAACGU